AAUGAACGGCUGGUUGGCCCCGGGGAGUAUUGUCAGGGGGUUACGCUACAAUAGAACCGGGCGGCGGUAGUCUCAGCGCUUUGUUAGGAUACAAUACCGGCGAAGUGAGGGGGUAGGGGGUAGGGGAGAGGGAGGUUCUGCGCAUGCGCCCCUUGUCUUGUUUUUGGCGGGGUUUGGUCGCUGCGCAGAGCCGUCUCCGGUAUCGGCAGUGGCGUUCUUUCGUAGCCGCUUUUCUCGGUAGCCGUUGGGGAAGUGUUAAGGACUGGAGAAGUGGGUUCUGUCUGUUGUCCUGGACAAGUGUUAUUCAUUCUUUGCUUACACCUUCACCCCACCCUUUUUCCGGCUCAACCCAUAUCCAACGUAGAUAAUGGACGUCACUGAGGCUCCUACAGAGGAGAAGGAAAAUAGCAGUAACAGCAUGGGGAAAAAGACCAAAGCAUCUGAUGCCUCCUCUUCCUCUGAAGAAGAAGAAUACGUGGUGGAAAAAGUACUUGAUCGAAGGGUAGUUAAAGGACAAGUAGAAUUUCUCCUUAAAUGGAAAGGAUUUUCAGAAGAACAUAACACAUGGGAGCCUGACAGGAACCUGGACUGCCCAGAGUUGAUCUCCGAAUUUAUGAAAAAGUAUAAAAAGGGUAAAGAGUCUGAACCCAAAUCCAAGCCAGAAGCCACAAAAAGAAAAGCUGGAAGUGAUGAUAUUCGGGCUAAAAAAAGAAGAGAGAGCAAUGACAUUGCACGAGGAUUUGAAAGAGGACUUGAACCUGAAAAAAUUAUUGGGGCUACAGACUCCUGCGGCGAACUCAUGUUCCUCAUGAAAUGGAAAGAUUCUGAUGAAGCAGAUCUCGUACUAGCUAAAGAAGCCAAUGUGAAGUGUCCACAAAUAGUUAUUGCAUUUUACGAGGAGAGAUUGACUUGGCAUGCUUACCCGGAAGACACAGAAAACAAAGAAAAAGAAGCUGUGAAAAGUUAAAACUGUGUAUGUGUGUGUAUAAAAUACCUCCCCUCAUUUAAACACAUGUAUACACAUUUUCUCCCCACACUCCUCAUCCGUCGUGGUCCAAGUGUUAUCAAAAGGGGGAGGAAAUUUGCCUUUCAUAAAUUGUUUAUUGUACACUUAAAUGGGUUGUUUAGAGAGCAGAAACGUUUCUACCUGUUUGUUCCCCAGCAUUUUUCUGAAGUAUACCGUCUCAGACAAAAAAAAAAAAGGGGGGUGUUACGAUUAUUGAAUGCUGGUGAAAUAUAAUACCUGCACAAUGUUGUCUAUUGGUCAAUGUGGAAUACUUCAAAGACUGCAGAGGGCGUAAACUAGGACCUUUUCUGCCCCCUGGACAAUUCCUUUACCCUGAACACUCCACAAGUGGCAUUUGCACAAAAUAUGACUGCUACACAAGAUGGGGGCAGCCAUGACAUGUUGGCUACACUUGGAGGACAGCAUUGUAGAUGUUGCUUGCUGAGUGCUGCUACACUUGUCUGGUGUUUCCUUUAUUGUGAGGAAGAUCUUUAAUGGUGGGUAAGGGGUUAAAUCCGUAAAUGGUUACACUGUCCGGUAAGUACAACCAGGAUGACUUGUGAAAGGACCUCCCUCAUUUAAGUGACCAAGUAUAUACUGUACUAGAAAGGGAACAUUGCUGCUUUCUCCCGUUUUUGGACGCUUGUACUUUGAGGGAGAAGAGUUUGUUUUAAUGGUUUUAAUUUUUUUAAAUCUAUCUGUAUCUACCUUGAUCUGGGUCUCUCUGCGUAUUACUUGUUUUUUUUGUAUCUGAAGAUAUUUGCUAAAAACAACAAGGAACUUCUCAAGUGGCAAGUGUAUCAACUCGGGAGUAUUUAUAUAUUCAUAUCCAAAGUGUCAAAGAAAAGAAGCACUUUGAAAAAGACACUGUGUGUAUGUGUGCGUGGGGGUUCCACCACCUGCACUUUAAAGAAGACCUCAUCAGCCAUUUGUAUGGGGGUGUUAUGAAACCGUGUGGCUUUCGUAUGUGUUGUUCAUUCAGUGUGCCAUAAAUAGUAAUAGAAUGUCACGUGAGACAGAGUUCAUGCCAUACAGUAUUGAUCCCAUGUACAAUCCUGAAGUGAUGCUUGUUAGCGUUUUAUAUAUAUAUA